AUGCAAAAAAUCAUUCUCUGUACUUUAUUUGCUUAUGCCGUCUUUGCAGCUGACUGUACAACCCCAAUUGAAAACUGUGUGAGUUGCGACGAAGAAACGAAAAGUAAAUGUGUUCAGUGUUCAGAAACUUUUUAUUUGAAUCAAGGAGCUUGUGUUGCCACAUGCCCAGAAGGCACAACUUUAAACGAGGAGACAAAAGAAUGUGUUGCUAAUACUCCUCAAACAUGCACAGCUGAAAAUUGUGAAACUUGUGCUGAGGGAAAGACUGAUGUCUGUGAUAAAUGUGCAGAAACUUUUUAUUUGAAUCAAGGAGCAUGUGUCGCCACAUGCCCAGAGGGCACAACUUUAAAUGAGGAAACAAAAGAAUGUGUUGCUAAUACUCCUCAAACAUGCACAGCUGAAAAUUGUGAAACUUGUGCUGAGGGAAAGACUGAUGUCUGUGUAAAGUGUAAAGAAACAUAUUAUUUGGAUUUGACUGACAAAUGUGGGUUGGAUUGUCCAGAAGGUUCAAAAAAGGAUGAAACAAACAUGAAAUGUGUUGCUGAUACACAGACAUGCACAGUUGUAAAUUGUGAAACUUGUGCUGAUGAAAAGACUGACAUCUGUGCCAAAUGUGCAGCUACAUAUUAUUUGAGUGAAGGCACUUGUGUCACCCAAUGUCCUGAAGGCACUGUUAAAAAUGACGAAAAAAUGGAGUGUGUUGCUGAUACUCCUCAAAUAUGCAAUGUUGAUAAUUGUGACACCUGUGUUGAGGGAAAGACUGAUAUCUGUAAUAAAUGUAAAUCCAACUAUUAUCUUCAAGUUGACCAAAAAAGUUGCGCAACAGACUGUGCAAGUGGAUAUAAAGACACAACAAACAUGAAAUGUGUGAAAUGCACAACUGAAAAUUGUGUCUUGUGCAGUGAAGAUCAAAAAUGUACAACUUGUGUUGAUGGAAAUUAUCUCACAGAAGAUUUGAAAUGUGUUACAACUUGCCCUGAAGGAUAUGAAGCAAACAAAGAAACUAAGAAAUGUGUAAAAAUCACUUGCAAAGUCGAGAACUGCAAGACUUGUAUCGAAACUGAUAUCAACAAAUGUGCAAUUUGCAACGACAAAUUGUAUGUUGUAGAAGACACUUAUAAAUGUGUUGCCAAAUGUGAUAGUGGAUACAAGACCGAUAGCACAGCUGGUGCUUUUGCUUGCAAAAAGUGCAGAGUCUCAAAUUGCGCCAAAUGUGAUUCAAAAGUCGAGGAAUGCCAACAAUGCAGUGGGGACUAUGACGUUAAAGAUGGAAAGUGUGAGAAGAGAAAUGAUGAUGCCGCAAAUAGUAUUUUCGCUUUCUUGGCGUUGUUUGCCAUUUUCUUGAUGUUCUGA